CGUGGUUGAGUUGUGGAGAAAUUCCUCAAGUUAUCUCAAGUUAUAUGAAUCCUAAUGACUAUAACAUGUACUUAAGCACGUAUUAUAAGUAAGUACUUACUUUUUGAUUUCAAACUAAAGUUACGUGUGUGUUUCGUUAAAAAAAAAAACUCGUUCGAGGUUUAAUUUGUAAGGUACUUGCUUCAUGAGAAAGUUUCCGUCGAACAACAAUUCACGCGCUUACAACUAUGUUUCUCUGUUAUUUUUCUAUGCGAAUACGAAAUUGUUAAAAGCAAAACUUGUCAAACAUGUUUUAAUUGAUCUAUUUGCUGUUAUUUAGAUACGCACGUACGGAAUAAAAACUGACCAAAAGUUGAAUUAAUGUCAGUUGAACAUGUACUGGUAUUGGGAUAAACAAGCAAUCGAAACCAAUACGCCAUCGAUUCAAGAUGGAGUUGAUCAUCUUACAGAAUACAAGUUUAGAAAAGAAGGUGCCACCUUUAUAGCACAAUUAGGAUCUAAUAUGGACCUUGGCUACAAUACGCUAGCCACUGGAGUGGUCUUUUUUCACCGAUUUUACAUGUUUCAUUCUUUUACAGAAUUUCCUAAAUAUGUAACAGCAGCCUGUUGCCUGUUUCUGGCUGGUAAAGUUGAAGAGACACCAAAAAAAUGCAAAGAUAUUAUAAAAAUUGCCAAAAACUUACUGUCCAAAGAAAAUUUUGCAUCUUUUGGCGUCGACCCCAAGGAAGAAAUGAUGACAUUGGAAAAAAUUCUUUUACAAACCAUGAAGUUUGACUUCAAAGUGCAACAUCCUUAUUCAUAUUUAACAACUUAUGCGAAAUGUCUUAAAGGAGAUAAAAUUAAACUUCAAAAGAUGGUACAAAUGGCAUGGACGUUUAUUAAUGACAGCCUAUGUACAACACUUUCGGUAGAGUGGGAGCCUGAAAUUAUUGCCAUAGCUGUUAUGUACUUGGCUGGAAAGCUAAGUAAAUUCAAAGUAAUUGAUUGGAGUGCUAGAAAGUCGCAUCAUUUAUAUUGGUGGGACUCGUUUGUUGAAGAUUUAAACAUAAGUGUCUUAGAAGACAUUUGCCAUCAGAUACUUGAUUUAUAUUCACCUCUGAACGAGAAGAAAAAAUUAGUGUCUGAUUCCGAUGGCAAUGCAUUAGAAAUCGAAGCUGUCACUACUGCUGUUACUUCUGUAGGGAUAUCACCGUCAGUAGGAUCCACUAAUUAUUUUACCACAGUGCCCUCCACAACUUUAACAACUAAUUCAACAUCUUCUACAGCUACUCCUGUUGUCGUGCCAAAAAAUUCUCAAGCCAUAUUGCCAUGGCUGCCUUCUUUAAUGAAACCCGAUGCAACUAAAACAUCGACCACUCUGAUGAUAAACAAAUCGACCUCACUUCCAAAUUUCAACUCAACUCAUUCAAAUUCUUUUAAAAUUAAACAAGAAAAAACUCCGAAUUCGGACAACGAAUCUCCAUCACCUAAUUAUUCAGUUCAAACGCUACCUUUCAAUAGUUUCAUGAACUAUCAAGAUAAUCAAUUGGGAGAUUAUCAGCUUAACCGAUCCUUUAUGAAUGAAAAAAAUAAUGAUUUAUGGAAUCAUGCCAGAGAUGAAGAACUUCAAAAACAUGUAUACUCAUCAAACAUGUUUCAGGGUUCCAUUUAUCGCAAUCCUUUCAGCAAUUGGGGCAACAUGUUUAAUCGUGAAAAUAAUCGUAGAGUUGGUCCAGUAAGAAAUUCAAAACGAUUUUUCAAAAAUUGAAAAAAUUAAAAACGCAAGCUUUCUUGCGACCAUUUUUAUUUCAAAUGUUUUUAAAAACUACUAUUUUUUAAAAG